AUGGUAGCUGCCUAUCAUGGUCGGGAGAACGUCGUCAAUCUGCUACUCAAGAAGGGGGCACAAAUAGAGGAAUGCUAUGAUGAAGACUGGACUUCACUUCACCUCGUAGCUCAGCAAGGACAUCUCAGCAUCGCUCGGCUGCUCCUCGAGAACAGCGCCUCCAUCACCGCGCGAACCAAUCGACACGCCACGCCGUUGAUAGUAGCGGCCGACAACGGUCGAGAGGACACUGUUCGCCUGCUCCUC